AUGCUCGAGUUUGUACGACCGUUGCAAAAUAUUCUGCGCAUAAAACCGGUCAAUUCCACCGACCUCGUAUGGCGGCUGCACUGCCGGGUGACGGUGUGCCUUUUGCUAUUUGCAACGCUGCUACUAUCGGCCCGCCAAUAUUUCGGUAAUCCGAUCGACUGCGUCACCGGACCAGGCGUUGUUUCCGGUUCCACUAUGAACGAUUUUUGCUGGAUCAUGGGCACGUACAUCAGCAGCGACCCAAAUUUUGUGCUAGAAAGUACGGAUUUGGUGAAGAUAAACGCCAAAAUUGGUCAUAUUCCGGAAAGCGAGCGGUCGUAUCAGAAGUACUACCAGUGGGUCGUAUUCAUAUUAGCGCUCCAGGCAUGCCUGUUCACAUUGCCCAACAUCUUGUGGAAGGCUUGGGAAGGCGGACGUUUGCAGGCGCUUUGCGAUGGAUUGACAACACCGAUCGUUCCGGAACAAUGGAAUCAGUCGCGGAAGAAGGAUCUAGUCGCUUAUUUGGUGGCAGAGUGCCCGCAACUCUAUCGCACCUAUCUGAUGCGUUAUUGCUUCUGCAUGGUUCUCAACUUCGGAAACGUUGUACUGAACAUUUUCCUGCUGAACACGAUCUUUUCGGGCUUCUGGAUGAAUUACCAUCCCGCCGUCAAGGCUUUGCUGUCGUUCGAUUUUCCCUCAUGGAACCGCUACAACUCGCAAGUUUUUCCAAAGCUCGCCAAGUGUGACUUCCAUUUUGUGGGACCGAGUGGCUCGAAACAAAACCGUGACGGCCUUUGUCUACUUCCGCUGAACGUAGUGAACGAGAAAAUAUUUGCCUUUAUCUGGCUCUGGUUCCUAGCCCUGAUGGUGUUGUCCGCAUUGAAUCUACUAUACUGGAUAGUGCUGCUGUGCAGCAAGAAUUUUCGCAUUUGGGUUCUUACGUCACAGGUACAACCGAUGCGUUCUACGGAUGUGACAUGGGCGCUGAAGGAUCGCGGCAUCGGUAAAUGGUUCCUGUUGCUGCAGCUUUGCCGAAACCUGAACCCCAUCGCUGGUCGGGAGCUGCUGAUGAGUAUGGCAAAGACAAGAAAAAAUAAUCGCAAAGCGUUUCGCAUGGCAAAGGGAGACGAAGCGGACUUCUACGCCGAUCCGGAUGCUCUCAAUGAGGUGGAUGUUUAG